UCCUGUCUGUGAGUACAGCCGAGCUGAGGAAAACUGAAGACGAACGAAUGAGACAUUAUUACACUGGAUAUGGAGCAAGUGAAAUUUCAAGGCUUAGUUCACUGAAUGAGAUCUUUUAUUUUUAGUUUCUAUAAUUAUAUUAUAAUCUGAAGUAAUGGCUGUGCCAAUGCACUUUGGUGGAUUCCUGUUAAUGCACAGACUGGUGAGAAUUUGCACAUCAAGCCAACAACAUCUCAGACACAAGGACUUGCUUGUAAAACUCAGUAAAAGUAGAAGAGGGAUUAGAACUUUUUCAGCUGGUUCUGUGAAAUGUAAUGAGAAUGAGAGAGAGGACUCAGACUCUUCACGCCUGAGCACCAAGCUGACAUCCAGACAAGCACUGCUGGCCAGGAGGAGGAGACCCCUGUCCCCUCUGGAGAGGAUCAGCAGUCUGCUGCCUCAGGACGCCCUGAGCCCAGAGGUGAUGCAGCUGAGAGAGCAGAAGCAGCAGGAGGCAGAAGACAGCAGCAUCCAGCUAUCAGUCACACACUGCACACAAGAGGAAAGUGGCCAACCUGACACAGUCACAGGAGAUCAGACCACACCUAAAGAGGAUGAAUCAGAUAACCAUCGUGCAUGUGACGCAGGUGUGGAACCAAAUGCAUCAGCCACACUCCCAGGGGAGAGCUUGCUUUCGUUCGGGGAGCUGCUCAUUGCUGAGUAUUUCAAGAAAGGGCAAGUGCAGUUCAGGAAGAUGUUCCAGCUUCAGGCAGGGAGUCGUCUGCAGAGCAGCUGGGGGUUUAUCCUCCAUGACAACAUAGCCAAACAGCGUCCAGGUCAGUUCCUGAAGACAAGCAUAGGGCUUCCCAUCUUCAUCCGACGUGCCAGUCUGGAGGAUUAUGUGUUGUGUAUGAGGAGGGGGCCUGCCAUUGCCUACCCAAAGGAUGCAGGCACCAUGCUGAUGAUGAUGGACGUCACAGAGGGAGACAGAGUGCUGGAGUCAGGCUCUGGGUCAGGAGCCUUGUCUCUAUUCCUGUCCAGAGCAGUUGGGUCUAAGGGCAGUGUGCUGAGUGUGGAGGUCAGAGAGGACCACCUUAAGAGAGCCAUGUUGAACUACAAGCGCUGGAGGACAUCAUGGAGUCUGCGACGAGGAGAGGAGUGGCCCGACAACGUCCAGUUUUACAACGCUGACCUCUGCACGGCUUCCUCGCUCCUCGAUGGUCAGGGGUUCCAUGCGAUUGCUCUUGACCUGCCGAACCCUCACCUGCUUUUACCCACUGUGAUUCCACAUCUGCAUCCUGGAGCUGUGUGUGCUAUCUACCUCGCCAAUAUAACACAGGUGGUUGACCUGCUGGAAGGCAUCCGAUGUUUGGCACUCCCCUUACUGUGUGAAUGCAUCAUUGAGGUUCCAGUCCGACACUGGCUGGUGGCCCCAGCAAUGCAGAAAAACGGGCAGUACUGCACCAGGAAACCUCCGAUCCUGGAUGAAGAGCACAGUGAGGAGGAGGAGGAGGAGAUGACAGAUGAGACUGACAACGAAGCGUUAACCACAGACAAACACCCAGCCUUCGGGAGUAUUCCCUACAUCGCCAGACCUCACCCUGAACAACUAAGCCACACAGCAUUCCUGGUGAAACUGAGGAAGUGUGUUCAGUAGCUGCUCUGCCUUUAAGGAACCCUGGAUGAAGAGGAUUGUUUUAGGUUUUAAUAUGUCCACUUAAAUUACUUUGUCGUUAAUGUAAUGUGUUAAUGUAAAUAAUCUGGAAAAUAAACAA